UUGCCCUGUAGGCUCAUCUUUAUUGAUUCCAGGCCCAUUUCUGACCAGAACAAAACAGAUGACGAAUAGAGUCCGAGGCAAUGGGAUGGCCAUCUACUCAAGAUCCGGGGGACUCAGAAGAGCAAGGAGGCCCGGCCCAGACGGACGUAUGCGCUACUCAGAUUUCUGAAGAGAUCCUCAGGUCCUAUACUGAUGAGGUAGUGAGUUCUGGUUCCCUCAGCUCCUCCGGGGAAGAGCAGUCCUAUUCCUACAACUCUGAGAGCUCUUUGGAGAGUGGGAAGCCGACUACAAGUUCAGAAGAACAAGACGAGCUGCCAGAACGUUCAUUCUUACAGAAGGAAGAACAUAGGCUGAGUGAAAAGUGGCUCAACCACAUCAAGGGCAAAGGAAUUCAUUCGGAAAGAUACCAACCCCACAGUAGACUCCCAACAGAAACUCCUGGGGCAUCCGCCAAUGAACUGAAUGCCCUCCAGUCUUUUUGUUCUGUUAAAGUAAACCUGAUCCACCAGGGAGAGGAUUCAAGAGCAAAGAAAAGCCCCAGGCACAAAAGGCUACCACUCAGACGGGUUGCAGAGACUUCAGAGGUAGACGCUUCCAAUUGCACUGUUCCUGACGAACUGCUGAGCAGAAUCUAUUUGAAGAACACGAGGGCGACUCUAGCGCACAUAGGGGCCCUUAAGCAGCAUGUUUCUUCGCAGUGUCCCAGUUGCAACAGCAAAAGGGCAGAGCUGGCUCAAUCUGACUUCCUGAAGCGCAGGAAGACUCUGCUGGAGUCGUUUCUGCUCCAAGAGAAAAUAGACGAACACCUUCAUACCACAGACUUUCUCACCCAUAUUGGAGAUGCACAUCGGGGCUUCCCCAGGCUUUCAGAUGAUCCCAAGGUCAUUUGGAAGAAAAUGACUGAGAAAAUUCAGACGGGGAGCCCCCGUUUUAGAAAGGCAGACGCAAAGCGGAUGUAAGAUGGGUGUACAAGUACCCUACUGCUCUUCAGCCAACGUAUCCAACCAGAUAGGAGGCACUGACGACUAAUGGUGAUACAACCAGGGGAUGGUGACUAUUAAUGAUUAAUGAAAACAAUGUGAUGUGCGUACACGUUCCUGUUGCGUAUUUAAGUAAUUACCAUCGUGUGUAGAGGGAAUUUAGAAACUAAUGUAAGAUUUUCUUUCUCUUCCUUCAUGGUGGUCUAAACAAUUCCAUCCGAUGUAUUUUUUUACAUUAUGAACGAUAAUUGGAGUAGCCAUCAAACUUUUAUUAUUUAGGAGAACGAAAGAUCCUGGCAGUUGGGACUGGUGGUUGGCAGUACAGAGAGAGAGAAGUAAACUGAUGUAAGACAGUUAGGAAGCAUGAGUGGCUGCUUUUGUUGAUGAAAUGGCUGUGUGGAUUUAAUAAAAGCUAAAUUUUAAAAAGGCACUAGCAUUUUGUCUAGGAUA